GUCUGUCAGUCAAGGGUUAGAGUCUACGUGGUGAGGAGUGGAAUCGUUCUGAUUGUGCACCUGUCACCAUGGUUGAGACCCGUAGUGGGAUAAACACUAGCCCCUACACCAAGGAGCAGCAAGAAAAGAUGGUCGCCUUAGUGAAAGAGAACAAGGAGAGGAAAGAGCUCGAGAAGCAGGCGAAGUUAAAGGCUAUCGCAGAGGAACAUACCUUCAAGAUGAAGGAAUUGGAAGAGGAGAUGGAGAAAAAGAAGAAGGCUGCUGAAGAAGAAGCGGCAGCAGAAGAAGAAAAAGAGAGAAUGCAGUCCUAUAUGACUCAGGAUGAGAGGGAAGCGCUGGCCAAUGAGCUAGCAGCAAUGGAAGAUCCGAUGGAAUUGCGAGAAAGGGAGGAGGAGCAGAAGUUAGCAUGGACGUUGAGGAUGAAGAGGGAGAAGAAGAGGAUGAGAGAGGAAGUGAACAAGCUGACCGUAGAGGUGGCAAAGGUGCAGGAGUGCAGGAAGGAAGUGUUGGCCCGGCCAAAUGACAAGGCCAAGUGGGAUAAACUGUUGGGCUACCUAGAGGUGCUGAGCACCGCAUGGAUGGAGAAGCGCCAAGCUAGUUGGAGCGAGGAGGUAGCCCUGAGUGCCAUGGGGUCGGGGUUCAGAGACUUUGCGCGCGAGAUCGUCACCCACAUUGGGGGCGAAGUCGAGCAAUUGAGGGACAACGUAGGGAAGUUCUGUGAGGGCGCCAUUGAGGGCGCCAAAGCAAUAGCUGUUGUAGAGGGCGAUGUCGGCGCGAAUACCCUUACAAGGGUAUCUGCCCUGGUUUUUGCAAGUGACAGAAAAUAAUUUUGGUCUAAAGUUAAGCAUACCAUGCUAGGCGCGGCCUUGUUCGUAAAUUACGUUGACUGGAUGGUUGACUAGAGUAAAGGGUGCGUGGGCGC